AUGGGACUAAGAUGUAAGCCGAACACAUUCGCCAUACUUCUGACAACAAACCAUUUGUAUGCACUCAAAGUGACGCGCACAAAGCGAAAAGCGUUGCCAAAAGCAACAAAGCCGGCAAAGGCGCAGUUGUCGUCACAUGCCGCGACACUGCGAAGCGCGCAACGCAGCGCGGCCGAUGCUGCCACCAGUGACGUAUCCAAAUCGAAUGCCACCGAUUUCAGCGCGUUCGACUUUAAUGACAGCUCCGAUAAUUCCGAUAUACAAACGCGACCGCCUUCCUAUCUCAGUCGCGCUCAUCUUCACAACAACAACGGCAGCAGCAAUGCUAGCGGCACCGGCGGCGUAGGUGGCGGCGGAAAUAACAAUAACACCUGCAACAGUAUUAGCAACUGCAAUAGCAACAGUAACACCAACAUCAGCAAUAGAUUAACCAAUAGUAAUAGUUUAGUUAACAACAUCAGCAACAACAACCACGCCAGCAGCCGCGCAGCCGAAACGUCAAACAACGAUGGUAGCCACAGUCAUGCUACCAAUGAGGCGCCCAAUAUCAACGGCAAAAUGGAGCAGGACGACGCGGAGGACGAUGACGACGAAGAGGAAAACGAUCAGAAUGCGGCUGUAGGGCAGCGUGCUGCUCAGACACGCGUGAAUGCACAAGAAGAAGACGACGAUGACGACGACGACGAAGAUGAGGAUGAGGAUGACGAGUUGGAGAACCAGCAUGACGCUGCUAAUGCAAGCAUGGUACAGACGCGCGCGCUUAGCAAUUCAUUACCGGAGGCAGCAAACGACAACGGCAGAUUUUCCGAAGCGGCAACAGCAUCCACUGCAACGACGACGGCCGCAGGCGCUGGUGCUACAGGCAAUGCGUACAACGUCAACAGCAUCAGCAAUGAUGAUAACGGCAAUAACAGCAGGCAUAGUAACGCCAGCAGCAGCGCACAUAACGGCGACAACAAUGACAACAGCAACGCCAGCAGUGAUAGCAUGCUUUGUGAUGGUAUGCGCGACCUGGAUGGCAUGGAUGUCGGUGACAGCCAACGCUUAAUAGCCAGUACGGGUAACAACCACCACAACAACAAUAACAACACUGCUGAUGCGCUUCUAAUGGCUGCUAUUGCUAGUGCGAGCCUGAACGGGGCAAGCAAUGGCGGCGGCGCUGCGGGCGGUAUAUGUAACGCUAUGACUACGGCGGCCACAACAGAGUCAAACAACCAGUGCGCUGUAGCAGAUGACGCUGCGGUAGUUGGUGCCCUCUUAGAUGGCCCUUUAGGCACGAGUAGUGGCAACAAUUGCAAUGAACUUGCACGCAGCAGUAGCGCUAGUUUAAGCAACAACAGCUCAUCAGCAACUGCGCUCGGAGGCGGCAGUGGUAGUGGUGGUGGUGGUGGUGGUGGUGCGGAUGCGAAUAGCAUCGCUGGCUGCGGCGGUGGUGGUGGUGGCGGCAACAGCAGUAUUUGUGUUGGUAUUGGUGGCGGUGGCGGUGGUGGCGGCGGUGGUGGCGAUGGUGGCGGCGGUGUUGGCAUUGCGAGCGGCAUGGGCGGUGAGAGCAUGUGUGGCGGUGCACCUAGCGAAGCUGGCAGCGCGGCUGGCACAACGGGCUCGGGUCAUAGUGAGCGCAAGAAAUAUCGACAUCAAAAUUAUAGCAAAAACAUUUACAUUGGCACUAAGAAUGCUGAAAAGUGGGAACACACGCGAACGCGGCUGCAAUUCAAGAACGAUGUGGAAUUCGUGACGUACUUGUUGAAUUUGGCUGACAACGAUACGGAGCGUCUAGCUAAGUGA